CAGUGGUUUGAGUAUUUCUGCACCGGGGAAACUUGAAGAGGUGGGGGAUCUGCUCUGCAAAUAAAGGCUUUGGGUUGACAUUCAAAAGAAUUCAUAUAACUGCAUUGCAGCAGAAGCUGGAUAGAAAAUCUGCCUCCUCAUCCUCGUGGCAGCAUGAUGAAGACUCUGCUCUUUGCUCUGGGGCUGCUGCUGAUCGCCGCCUGUUGCUCUGACGCCAUGCCCAGCGCUCUGGAGUUCAACACGGCUCCAAGAAGCUGCUGCUUCCAGUUCAGCAGCACAGAUUUGCCAUUAAAACGAGUGUCUAACAUAACAAAGACGCACCACUCCUGCCGCAAGAAAGGGUUCAUAGUCCAGACAAUAACUGGAAGAAAGAUCUGCUACGAGGAGAACUUCCAGUGGGCUCAGAACGUCUACAGCCAGCUCCACCCUGAAGGCAGCGGUGUUAAACAGUAGAGAUCGGACCAGAUUACAACAGAACACCAGCUUUUUGUAUGCCUGAAGUUUUAAUUCAUCAUUGUAUUUCAUAAACUGGCUGUAAAAAUAAAAGUGUGAUUGACCAAAGCCUGAGCUGGAAUUUAACAAAGCUUAUGUCAGAUAAACAUGUUUUACUUCUCUAUUUACAUGGAAGGUAUAAAUAUAAAUCAUACUUAUUAAAGUCAUUAAAACAUUUAGAUUAAAAGUA